CUGCCCCUGCGCCUGGUGCGGAAGUGGAAAGUGCACUGUGCGGGCUGCUGGCUCACGGUUCCCGACACACCGCUGUCUCCAUCCCGUUCCUCCGCCUCUAAGCAGCACAGCCCCGGGGAGAGAUGGCUGGAAGGCUACCGGCGUGCGUGGUCGACUGCGGCACCGGUUACACUAAACUGGGAUACGCCGGGAACACAGAGCCUCAGUUCAUCGUACCGUCAUGUAUUGCCAUCAAAGAGUCGGCCAAAGUGGGAGACCAGGCCCAGAGGAGGAUGAUGAAGGGGGUGGAUGAUCUGGACUUCUUCAUUGGGGACGAGGCAGUGGACAAGCCCACCUAUGCAACCAAGUGGCCCAUCCGUCACGGUAUAGUGGAAGACUGGGACCUGAUGGAGCGCUUCAUGGAGCAGAUCAUCUUCAAGUACCUGAGAGCAGAGCCUGAGGACCACUACUUCCUCCUGACAGAGCCUCCACUGAACACUCCGGAGAACCGAGAGUACACGGCUGAGAUCAUGUUUGAGUCCUUCAACGUGCCAGGACUCUACAUCGCAGUGCAGGCAGUGCUGGCGCUGGCGGCCUCCUGGACGUCUCGGCAGGUGGGAGAGAGGACUCUGACCGGCACUGUGAUUGACAGUGGAGACGGGGUCACUCACGUCAUCCCUGUGGCGGAGGGCUAUGUGAUUGGCAGCUGCAUAAAGCACAUCCCCAUUGCAGGCCGGGACAUCACCUACUUCACGCAGCAGCUGCUCAGGGACAGGGAGGUGGGCAUUCCCCCGGAGCAGAGCCUGGAGACCGCCAAGGCCGUCAAGGAGCGCUUCAGCUACGUGUGCCCAGACCUAGUCAAAGAGUUCAACAAGUACGACACGGACGGCUCCAAGUGGAUCAAGCAGUACACAGGCAUCAACGCCAUCACCAAGAAGGAGUUCACCAUCGACGUGGGCUACGAGCGCUUCCUGGGGCCUGAGAUCUUCUUCCACCCAGAGUUUGCCAACCCAGACUUCACCCAGCCCAUCUCUGAGGUGGUGGACGAGGUCAUCCAGAACUGCCCCAUAGACGUCAGGCGUCCACUCUACAAGAACGUGGUGCUGUCCGGAGGUUCCACCAUGUUCCGGGACUUUGGCCGGCGUCUGCAGAGGGACCUGAAGAGGACGGUGGAUGCUCGGCUCAAGAUCAGUGAAGAGCUGAGCGGAGGCAAGCUCAAGCCCAAACCUAUCGACGUGCAGGUCAUCACUCACCACAUGCAAAGAUACGCCGUGUGGUUUGGAGGCUCCAUGUUAGCGUCUACUCCCGAGUUCUACCAGGUCUGCCACACCAAGAAGGACUACGAGGAGAUUGGCCCCAGCAUCUGUCGCCACAACCCCGUCUUCGGAGUCAUGUCCUAACUGCUCCCAUCACCAGGGGGACAUGGGGACAGGGGGACUGGAGAUAUAGAGGAGACUAGGAAGGAGGGACUGGAGAGGUGGGGCUGGGUACACCAAAAUGUAACCAGUGUUCAUUCGUCUAUGGAGCUCAGUAGUGGGUCUUGAACGUAUAUAUUUUUGGAAGUAUUUUUUGAGAGAGAGAGUGAAUUUAAAAUUGGGAUUGAAAAAAAUCUGGAAAAUUUAUUGAUAAAUUGAUUUAUUUAAUAUUGGUCAUUCGCUACCACAGAGCUUGAAGAUUGGAUUUAAACUCCUAAAAAUACUGUACCAGAUUUUUAUGACAUUAAAAACAUGUAAAGCAGAACAAGUUCAUUUUAAACAGUUUGCAUUGGUCCAAAGUUAUUCCUCACUUACCUUAUGCAUUCUGAGCAUCUCAGCUAAUUAUUCACUGUGAGUUUGCAGUCACUUUUUACAACUUUCGGAUACCAGAGCAGAGUUUUGCUGUCACAGUAACGCUAACAACUAGCAGUUUAACACGUAGUUCCUAAUUAUCUGACAAAAGCCCGUUUCUAAUUAGAUGCAGACAGUACACUGCGGACAUAUUUUCACCUCAAGAGCUGCUUAUUCAAUAUUAUACAGUACUUUGGCAAGACACAUUUUGCUCAAAUACAAGUAAAAAAUCAUAUACAGGGCCUUUAAAUAAUUUGUUUUAGUGUAAACCGUAUAAUAAUAAUAAUAAUAAUAAACCAAUUUUUAAAAUAUGGAAUAAAUGAAACAAAUUAUUUCAAAAUUCUGUUGAACUGUCCAAGGCAGUUACCAUAUAAUUUUUUCACUUUUUUCAGUAAUUAUUUAGGGUACCUAGCCCCAGGAGGAGGACAGGGUGAUAAGAGGACAGUACAGUAUGUGGACACAAAGUGGACACGGGGACAUGGGGGACAGUGUUAAAGGCCUGACUCAGGAUGUGGUUCAAAAAUAGACAACCAAACGGACCGCUGGAAAUGUAUUAUAAUGUUUUUUUUAAAUGUUGUCUCAUUGUUUCUUAUUGUUUCUUAAGACAAAAUUCACACAAAAAUCUGAUUAUGAAUUCAAAAAAUAAGAGCGACUGAAUAAAGCUUUUCCAUCA